CUGAGAGAGACAGAGUAAAGAAGAGGGUUAAAAACUGCAGUAAUCUGUUGGAUUUUUGGGCACUUUCCUAUUUAGUAGUGCCAUGAUGGGCUCAUGCUCUGCACCUCUGUUAACGGGACACCGGAUACUCUGCCUUUUCCUUCUGAUGGCAUCAAGCCUUAGUCCGAUUCACAGCCGGGCAUUUAGGAGCCCCCCACUGCAGUUCCUUUCCACUCUUCUGGAGAAGGAAUAUGGCAACCUGCAGUCAGGCCCUGUGAAUAUCCAUAAUGUGUCCUCUGAGCAGUAUGAAGAUCCUCAGCCUUGGGCAGAUGUAUCAAGUGUCAGCAAGGAGCAGAUCUGGGGAGAUGAACCACCACCCAACGAAAACGCUCUGUAUCUCCUCCUUCGGAGGGCUGCUGCCAACAGGAAGUGGAUCUCAGCUGAUAGAGUUAAGAAGGCCUGGUCCAAGGGCUGUUUUGGGCUCAAAUUGGAUCGUAUAGGGUCCAUCAGUGGCCUUGGCUGCUGAAUAUCAGCACAGAUGGUAAUGAGCUCAGAUCUCACGGUGGAUAUUUCCGCACUGCUCUGACUCAGCUUGAGUCCCCUCUGAAUCAUCUCCAAAGAAGAACAGUAAUUGCCUGCCAUUGUACCUACUUUGUAAUAUAUCAGUGGUGUAUAUUCAGUACUCCUUAUAUCUCGGCCCAAUUCAUCUUUUUUCCAAAGAUUACUAGCAAUCCAGACAAUGAGGUCUGCUUUAUUUCCAGCAGUGUUAAGUAUUUCUGAAGAUAAUUUUUAAUAGACCUGUUAAAACAUAAUACAUUCAAGUUUCUUAAAUUUCAUCUAUAAGACCAUGAAGGAGAGGCGGCAUCAUAUCUGAAGGAAAGAGGGAGUACAAAUGAAAGGGUUGUUGCCAAGCUAGAGACUGAGCUAUCUUUCAAGAGCCAAGUUCUUACUAAUUGUCAUGUAUUUAAGCCUAAAAUGUAAGUAGUACCUGAUAACUUAUUGAAGGAGAUGUUAAGAUUGAUGUUGUCCUUGUGAUUUUUGUCGCUAAUAAAUGUUUUA